AUCGGCGGGACGGGGGCGGGGCCUCGCUCCCGGUGACGCACUCUGCGGAGCUGCUGAGGGAGGCGCUUCUGCUUUCCUGACGUCACCGCAGUGCGUGAAUCUGAUUGGUCAGAGGAGCGCCCUGGGAGUCCGAGGAGAUCGCAACGAAAAUAAAAAAAACGUUAGAAACAAAAUGAAGCGACCUUAAAAACUCCCGACAAACGAACGUUCACCUCGGAGGAGAGCGGCCGCAGCGGAGCAGCGGAGCACCGGCACUGGCUGCGCGUCGGUGGACAGUCGGUUAGGAGAGAGUGGGAGACGUAUCCGAGAGGAUUAACGCAGAGGCGGGGUGCGAAAGAGAGAGGAAGGACUUGAAUACCAGCUGCGAGUAUCCGGAUUACUCGCUGGGAGAGAGAGAAAACAAGCGGACGGUCCUCGGUGCGGAGAGUAUGCGCUGACCGGGGAGCGGACGGAGAGUGUCCAAGCUGGAAGCGGAGGAGGAAACCGGACUGCACCGGGCCUGGACUGGAGAUUUAUUUUAAAUGUUGCCGUGGAAACUUCCCUGUCGGUGCCGUUUUAAAGCGGCGUUGUAGGAGCUCGUUUACCCCGCAGAAAAACCCUCCGCUGAACAUCCCCCACCGCACCGCACCGCACCGCACCGCACCGCACGGCCACUUCACUUACACCCAGAGAGAGCUUCGGCUGAGCGGAUACUAACGCGGCCAAGAAGACCGGUUGCUUGUGCCGAUGCCAACGGCAGACUGCAGGUUGCUCCACCAUGGCCGGAUCAUGAGGUGUCUGACUUAUCUGCUCCUACUCCCAGAAACACUGAAAAGGUCCAAGAAGGUCGGCAAGCUCCCGGGCAGGCUGCCGGUAUGUUAUGAGAUCCUGACCCUGUCCCUGACGAGCAAGAAGCAGCAGCAGCAGCAGCACAAGGAGAAGAUGGCUGCGGAGCUGUACCCCGCCGCCAACACCAACAACACCAACCUGUCCAACGGCACCACGGUGGCGGACACCGAGAAGACCAAGGAGGUGCAGGUGAGCCAGGCCAGCAGCAGCAGCAGCAGCGCGGCGACCACCCCGACCACCCAGCAGAACAUCAACAACAACAACGUGGAUCCGCCCAGCUGGCAGUGCAGCCACCCCACGCUGAGGGAGAGGAAUGCCUUGAUGUUUAACAAUGAGCUGAUGGCUGAUGUCCACUUCAUCGUCGGCCCUUUGGGGGCGUCGCAGAGGGUUCCGGCACACAAGUAUGUGCUGGCCGUGGGAAGCUCCGUCUUCUGUGCCAUGUUUUAUGGCGAUCUGGCGGAGGAGGAGUCUGAGAUCCAUAUCCCAGAUGUGGAACCUGCUGCUUUUCUAAUUCUGCUGAAGUACAUGUACAGCGAUGAGAUCGACCUGGAGGCAGACACGGUGCUGGCCACCCUGUACGCCGCCAAGAAGUACAUUGUUCCUGCACUGGCCAAGGCCUGCGUGAACUUCCUGGAAACCAGCCUGGAGGCCAAGAACGCCUGCGUGCUGCUGUCCCAGAGCCGCCUGUUCGAGGAGCCCGAGCUGACACAGCGCUGCUGGGAGGUGAUCGACGCCCAGGCCGAGCUCUCGCUAUGCUCCGAGGGUUUCUGCGAGAUCGACCUGCAGACGCUGGAGAUCAUCCUGCGGAGGGAGACGCUCAACACCAAAGAGGUGGUGGUGUUUGAGGCCGUUAUGAACUGGGCCACGGCAGAGUGCAAGAGACAAGGUUUGGGGCCCACAACCCGCAACAAAAGAGAUGUCCUCGGCAAGGCGCUGUUCUUAGUGCGCAUUCCCACCAUGAGCUUGGAGGAGUUUGCCAACGGGGCGGCGCAAUGUGAUAUCCUGACACUGGAGGAGACGCACAAUGUGUUCCUGUGGUACACUGCGGCUAAGAAGCCUGAACUGGACUUCCCUUUGACUGCCAGGAAGGGUUUGGCGCCUCAGAGGUGCCACCGCUUCCAGUCCUCGGCCUACCGGAGCAAUCAGUGGCGCUACCGCGGCCGGUGCGACAGCAUCCAGUUCGCGGUGGACAAAAGGAUCUUUAUUGCUGGUCUGGGGCUGUACGGGUCGAGCGGCGGCAAAGCCGAGUACAGCGUCAAAAUCGAACUCAAGAGACAGGGGGUGACGCUGGCGCAGAACCUCACAAAGUUUGUGUCAGACGGGUCGAGCAGUACGUUUCCAGUGUGGUUCGAGCACCCCGUUCAGGUGGAGCAGGACGCGUUCUACACCGUGAGCGCCGUGCUGGACGGGAACGAGCUGAGCUAUUUUGGCCAGGAGGGCAUGACGGAGGUGCAGUGCGGGAAGGUGACAUUUCAAUUCCAGUGCUCCUCCGACAGCACCAACGGGACUGGAGUACAGGGAGGACAGAUCCCCGAGCUUGUGUUCUAUGCAUAAGCCACUCUGGACUGCUGAUGGAAAACUAGGUUCAUCCUCGCCUCCCAGCCUUCAAAGUAAUGUAGCAUUAAAGACACUCGACUAAUGUCACACUAAAUGGCCUGGUUAGUUCUUGGAGAGACUAUUUUAAAAAGCCAAGGAGCUGUUGUUUUAUCUUAUUUAAUUUAAUGUUAUUUUUUUUAUUUAAAUACUGGGUUAACGUUAUUUGCUCUGACGCCUGUGUUGGACGGCUGCGGCUGCUGUAGAAACAACAUUAAUACGGUGAUUUGUGGUUAUGUAAUCAAGCUGAGCUCCACAACUGGAACAAAAGUAGGGACUGCUUCAAAUUGUGUAAUUGCAAGUCUAUAUAUGAUGUUGUUACUAUAGUCCAGGCAGCCACAUUACACAAGGAGCAAACUUUAUGUAGUGUUAUGAUUCUAAAUGCAAAAAAAGAAAAAGAAAAAAAGAAAGUAGAAAUCUUGUUGUUUUGCACUUCAGAGGACGGCCUCAUGUGUCUUUUGUAAAAAUUGAACUGUUAACAGCUUGAUGCUGUUAGAUAUGACCAGAUGUGUUCUGUACAAGAAUGCUUAUACGCCUGAUGAUAAAACAUAAAGGUUAUAAUGUGAUCCAA